AUGUUCGGGCAUGUCGAGCCGCAGGGCGUCGUUCAGCCCAUGUACGUGUCCGUGGUCGUCACCUGCCCCGGCUCGCGCAUCGGAAAGGUCAUCGGCCCGGGCGGCUCGGGCCUCCGCCACCUCUGGCGCCUCGCGCGUGUCCGAGCCCACGUGCCGAGGGAGGCGCUCGAGAACGGCGACCGCGAGAUCCAGCUGACGGGCACGCCGGAGCAGGUGCAGCAGGCACAGCACAUCAUGGUGCAGAUGAUGUCGCAGCCCAGCCUCGCGCCCGUCACGGCGCCGGGCGGCAUGAUGGGGAUGGGUGGCCGGCCUCUCGCACCGCACCCGGUCUCGGCAGCGCCGGUCGGGUCGGCGCGGCUGCUGCUCGAGUCGAUCCGGGUCGGCCACCUGGAGAGCGGCGCCCACUUUGAGCUCGCGCGUGGCGAGUGGUUCGGAUCGGGGCCGGAGCCCUCCAGCCUGCGCAGCCCAGACGGCACCUCCUGCCCCGUCCACCUGCGGGACAGCACCCGCUCGAGCCAAUCGCAGGUGCUACUGCCCAGUGAGGCGGUCGGCAGCGUCGUCGGCAAGAGCGGCGCAGGGCUCAAGCAACCGAUGCAGCUCUCGCCCAUGCCGAUGCCACAAGUCGCACCUAUGCCGCAGCCGCACGCUCUGCCGGGCGGCGGCGCGGACGGCACGCCUUUGGCGGCGGCGCUCGGGGGGCUGCACUUGGGCCUUCCGCCGCCGCAGUCAGCGGCGACCGCGGCGGCGGACGAUGGGAUCUGGUUCAGCUGCGGCGGCGGGGACGAGCUCGCAGCUUCGGCGCCCAGCGAGUCCAAGGAGGUGUGA